AUGAUCGAUGACCGGUUAAACUUCAACAGCCACGUCCAAUUUGCCUGUAAGAAGGCUUCGAAGGCCAUCAACGCGAUAGCUAGAAUCAUGCCGAACAACUGUGGUCCCAGCAGUAGCAAGAGGCGUCUUCUGGCCAGUGUGUCAUCGUCGAUACUGAGGUAUGAAGACACAGCCUGGGUUGCAGCGCUGGAAACGAAGCAGAACCAAAGGAAACUUAGCAGUACGUUCCGACUCAUGGCCAUGCGAAUCGUGAGUGCGUACAGAACCAUAUCGUCGGAAGCAGUAUGCGUUAUCGCCGGAAUGAUCCCUAUCAACAUCACCCUGGUGGAGGACAGCGAGUGCUACAGGCACAACAACAGGAAAGUUGUGAAAGCGGAGUCGUUGGCUAAGAGGCAACAGGAGUGGAACACGGCGGAGAACGAAAAAACGGAGAAGCCAACUUCCACCUAA